AACCCCACCUCCACAUGAUCCGCCAUUCAGUCAGACGUACGUCAAAAUUUACGUUAUGAUUUCUUCAGUCUCUUCUAAAAAUUAAGAACAUUCUCUUGGGGGAAUACAGUACAAAUAUUGAAAAAUUGAUUUCAAAAGAUAUUUUUGGCCACAUUAAAGGAACGAACAUUAGGAUUUAUCGAUUUUGAAAAGAAGAUUUCAACAAAUUUUAAAGCCAUCUUGAGCCAAAUCACAGAAAUGUCUACCAUGUAAGGGAAGAUAACCCAGCAUGAGUUAUUUCAGUUAUGUCGGCAAACUAUUUUCUAACGUCAAAGGAUUUUACAAUGAAAUCAAUGCAGCAACGUUAACAGGUGCUAUAGAUGUCAUCAUUGUCGAACAAGAAGAUGGUGGAUUCAAAUCUUCACCAUUCCAUGUUAGAUUUGGUAAACUUGGGGUCAUUCGAGCUAGAGAAAAAGUGGUUGACAUAGAGAUAAAUGGAGAGGGUGUUGAUUUGCAUAUGAAGUUGGGAGAAUCUGGGGAAGCUUUCUUCGUGACAGAGGUUCCAACAGAUGAAGAUGUGGAGGAGAUUCCAGCACAUUUGGCCACAUCACCCAUGCCUUCUAGUGUCGACCUUAUGGAGAAAGGAGUGAUGGAGAUGAAGAAGAAACAUGGAGAUAAAAGGAAGAAAAUAAAGAAAAUCAAAGACCUAGAUGAAGAAGAAGAGAGUGAACAAAAUGAACCGACAGGACAAGACAGUUUGACAGAAGCAAAUGAACAGAGUAGGAAGGUACGAAGGAAACGAUCCACAAAAAGGAAGAAUCAGGCGGAAACACCUAAAAUUGAACCUAGAACAGAUGCCACAGAAAUAUUUGAGAUCGAUGAUGUUUCUUCAGAUGAAGAAUUAGCAAACCUUCCAAUGAUUCCUCCUGGCUUGUCCAAGUCUAUUAGCCUUCCUGUUGUCGAGGAGAAUAAGUUUGAACGUACACGGGAAUGGGCUACACAAUCAUACGAUGGAUUCCCACAUGUAUUUAGUGACACAGAAAUGUCACCAGUUAGUAGCCCUGUUGGAAGCAGGCCACCCUCCCCAAAGAGUGAUACUGAGGUGGAAUGUCACAGACAGUCAAAAGGUUCAUUCUUAACAGAGGAGGACACAACACUCUGGGAAUGGGGAGAUUUGCCUAGGAAGUCUGUGGCAGAUGUGCCAACAACUGUUGGUGAGACAGAGUCCAGAGACCUUAUCCUGGACAAUAAGCAGUCCUCAUCAGGGUUGUUCCAGUUCAUGAAAAGUACAAGAAAUGUCCGGCAUAAGCCUGAAUUGGAGGGAAUCUAUCUUGAUGAUCUUAACUUAGAUGAAAUGAGUCCAGAAGUCGCAAAGUUAUACUUCCCAAAAAGAAGCUGCUCAGAGCAGUUUCACCAGACACAGUUCCAGUCGAUCAGAGAACGAGAAGAUGAUGUCGAAUCUGGUCGUGGUGCUUCACUUCCCGUCUCUCCUCACUCUGUAGAGGGCGCUGUAUGUGGACCACCUGUGUCCUUUCUGAGGUCAGAGGUCAAAUCCCUCGGUACCUAUUCUAUGUCCCUCUGUGGUGGUUUGUCAGAGGGUGUUACCUUGGAAAAGUUCAUGCAGAAGAUUGUGACCUUUGAUGACCUUUGUGACAAUUUUGGCAUGAUCAACAACCCAGACUUAGUCAUUCGUAUCGGGGAAAAGUACUAUAACUGGCUGACAGCAGCACCUAUGAUGCUUACUCAUCUGGUAUUUGAAAGGAAUCUUUCACAGACCUCUAUGAACAAAUUAAUAGAUGAACAUAUGCCAAAGAAGAAAGAAAAGAGAACUAGUGGUGUGUCGUCGUGGUUUUCAUGGGGGAGGUCAUCCAAGGUCAUAGAUCAGUCACAGUCUCAGGACAAACAGGCUGUGCAGACAUCUAUGUCUGAUUCAGAGAUAGGAACAGGAAAAACGACUGAUGAAAAUUCAACAUUGAGUCCCCCGACCAGCCUGCCUGCAAGUGUAUCCGGUAGUCCAAGGAAAGUCAGAAAAAAUACUGAUAACAGUCUGGCUGAUGAUGAUCAUACCUCCAGUGAAGCUGAUACAGAUUCAGAUAGGAAUGAGGCUCACAAAAGGGUCACUUCAGAGAAGUACAAAAAGACAAUCAGAUUGGACUCGGAUUCUAUCAAAAAGCUGAAUUUACAACCUGGUUGUAAUGAGAUUGUUUACUCUGUUACAACACAGUUCCAGGGGACAAAGAAAUGUACAAGUCAUAUCUACCUGUGGAGAUAUGACGACAAAAUCAUUGUCUCUGAUAUUGAUGGAACAAUUACCAAAUCAGAUGUAUUAGGACAAAUUCUGCCUAUUAUUGGCAAAGAUUGGUCACAGUCUGGUGUAGCUCAGCUGUAUACCUCCAUCAACACAAACGGUUACAAGUUUCUCUACCUGUCUGCUCGUGCUAUAGGACAAUCAAAAGUUACCAAAGAUCUACUGAAAAGUAUUAAACAGGAAGUGCAUGUCCUUCCGGAGGGUCCUCUUCUAUUGUCACCAACAUCUCUAGUCAGUGCUUUCCACAGAGAAGUGAUUGAGAAGAAGCCAGAGGAGUUCAAAAUAGCCUGUCUGAAGGAUAUUGGUAGCUUGUUUCCUCCCUUUACUCAAGCUUUCUAUGCAGGAUUUGGCAACAAAGUUAAUGAUGUUUAUGCAUACACCGCCAUUAAUAUUCCACCCUACAGAAUCUUUACAAUCAAUCCACGAGGAGAACUCAAACAGGAAUCACACUUUACAUUCCAGUCAUCGUAUGUAAGCCUUACUGACAUAGCAGACCAUUACUUUCCCCCAGUUAUACAUGAGAAUGCAUUGGAAUGUAGUGAAUUCAGCAACACAACAUUUUGGCGGGAACCACUUAUAGAAAUUGAAGACACAGACCUCCAACUUUUGGUUGGACCAGCGAAAUGACAUGCGGCACCAAUGGGUAACCAGUCUAAGAUGUUAAUAGAAAACCAGUUGAACAAAAUAGUUGGCAAUCAGUAUUAUCUCCAAAGCAAUAACAGUAUUGACUUACUGGAUGAUAUUUUUGAAGAUCAUGGCAUAGACGAACAUGAUAUUGGACAGGCCAUUCAGAUGUCUGAUGAAAAUGGAAAGGAUAUGUCAAUUUGGUUGCUUCCAUUCAAAAUUUAUCUGUAAAGAUUUCUGUAUUCAAUACAUUCUCCAUAAACAUGGCAUGCAGUUUUAUACUUUACCCUGUGUACUGAGUUUGAGAAAAAAACAAAACCUGAAAAAUAAGCCUGUAACGGAAAAAAAAAAGACUUUUUCCCACAAAACCUUGCCUUUUGACCAUAAAUUUGUUUAUGAGGAAAAUGAUGUCUUAAUAUUCAAACAUAAUAGGGUUUUAUGUUAUUUGUAUUGGACUGAAAUCUAAGAUGUGUAAGACACAUCAGUACAUAUUGAAAUUUUAUGAACAAUUUAGGUAUUAAUUAAGUGCAGGUUGAUUUCUGACAGGAUAACUUGCAUUACAAUCAGAAAAUAAUAUGUUUAUUUUAGAUUUUUUCAGUUAAAAGUUGUAUUAUUUAAUUUCAUCGUUUAUUGACAGGGUAUUAGAGCAUUUUUAAGGAUAUUUUUUUCUACAUCAAUUUAUAUUUGGUUGUAGUUCAGUUAUACUAUCAGUUACACUUUCAGUAACACAUUUUUGUUGCUUUAGAUAAGUUUCAGCAUUAACAUCGAUAUCAGUUUAGUAUUUAGUGAAGAAAUACUGGUUACUCAUUGGGUUAUUAUUGUGGUAGGGCUAUUCCAGGUAAAAAAAGGUAAGGGGGUUGAACGGCACUUUUUCCCACAAAGACCCUAUCCAUACACUUUUAUUCAGAAAUUAAAUGUGUUAUUGUUUGAAAACUUGUUUUCGACCCCUUUUACCCCAAUAUUGAUAAUAUCAGGUGCCUUCCAACUCCCAUAUAAUUAAUUGUGGAAUAGCCCUUAGAAGUUGAGUUAAGUUAAAUCUCAGGUUUUUUAUGUGUUAGAUAUUUUCAUUGUUUUUCAUUACUAUACAUUGAGGUUAAAUUUUUCGUGGAAAUUAACAUUAUUUUACCACUAAAUACAGUAUAAGUAAUUAAUUAAAUGGAUCCUGGAUGUGACAAGGCUGUUAUUGAUUUUCAAAAAAUCUCCAUGACAACUAACAUGGCUAACACACUUUCUUUCAGUAAUUUUGCAUAUUUCAAAUAGACAUGCAGCCAUAAAUGGCACUUGACCUUUGUCUAAAAAUAAAAAUUACUUUCGUACCUUCCAACUCAUUUUAAUGGAAUAGUCUGUAUUAAAGAUAUCCAGUUAUUUCCAGUAUUAACUGGUUACAAUUGGCUUAGUUUUGUACAGAAACUUUAACCUCAGUAUAGGAAUGAUCAUGGUAAUAGUUAAUGUCAAUUGUAUUUAUGUCCAUAACAUGUUCAUUCCACUACAAAUGUUUAUCUCUGUUAGUUAUUCCUGACUUUUAUAAAAAAAAAAAAUCAAUUGAUUCUGCAUUUUCAAUACCUGAAGUUAUAUGACUAGUUUAAAAUUAUUUCAUUUAUUUAGGAAAAUAAAAUAAAUAAAAGUCUUUCUACUAAUAAGGUAACAAUCAGUACAAUUCUUUAGUCUUGAGAUAGAACUUCUAAAAAUGUAUUAUAAAUGUCUGGUUAUUAUUUUUACCGAAGCAAUGAUCUUUAAUCCAUUGCAAACAUUAAUUUACAUAUUUUAUUGGAAUUUAAUCAUAUCUGAUAUGUAUGUAUGAUAAUUGUAAUAAUUCAAAAGAACAUGACUGACAAUUUGCUAUUUAUUUAACAGAACCUGUAGUUAUGUAGCUAUUUAGGCCACACCCAGUCUGGUAAAAUUAAUUAAAAAAAAAGAAAAUGAAGGAUUUUUCAGUUUGGUGAAAUUAUAUGUUAUGGACAUAACAUAAUUGACAGUGUAGUUAGACAGCUUAAGUUUUAUUAAGUUGGUGUUCUAUAGAUAUUGUAUAUUUAUAUCCAGCAAGGUAGUAUUAGAGAUUUUGUUUUAGAUCAUUUUGUUUAUCGUUGCCUUGCAGUGUAGUUUUGGUAAAGGGAAGUAAUUGAGAUGAAAAGAUGAGUUAUUUCCCUUCAUUUGAGUCUGUUUUUUUUUUCAUACUUAACAAAAUACUAUAUCAAUAGAAAUUCUUUGAUUAUGUGAAAGCUUUUAAUUGGUUUGAUAUUUUGGCUUCAAAAUAAUCUGUAUGAGUGCAGCUUUUUCAAAAGCCAAUUCUACAAUAGCUAAUUUCUGAACAUCACUAUUUUGAGACAUCAAACAUCUGUUUCAAGUUCAUAUUUCUUCUCCAUUUUAGUGGAUUAUUUUGUUUUUCCUGUAUUUUGUUUAUGAAUUUUGCUAAUUGUUGGACAAUGACAAAGCUUCAUAAAAUAACUAAAAUUGAUAAAAAUUGAUAAAAGUCAUUUACACUCAUUCUGCAUAGAAUUGGUUCAAAGUAGUCUCAUAUUAUCAUUAUUCAGAGUUGAUCUCAGUUAAUCAGGCCUCACCCUCCUUUUGCCUCUUGUAUUCCGGUGUCUAUCCCUAUUAUUUUGAUAUGAAAAAGAAUGAAAUUGGAUAUUUUGUCAUAAAUGAAUCAGUCAAAUUACUGUUGUGAAAUGUUGAUUUUAACCAGUUUUAUCCUGGUUGCCUUUCACAUUUCUGUUUUGAAAAUGAAGUUGCACUUUGUUUGUUGUACAACUGUUAGUUACAGAUUGUACAUGGUUUUUUGUUUAUAGUUGACUUCCUUUCAACAAAUGUGUGGACAUUAGACAAGUGGAAAUUUCAUCAAAUAUUUUUUUUUUUUAAUAUUGGAAGCUACUUGAAAGAUUUUUUAGAUAUUGUAAAAUGUAUUAGGUCACAAUUAAUGAAAUUAUUAUAGUAAUUGAAACAUUAAUAUUUUGUACAUAUUUGAUGUAAACUUUUGGUGCUAUUUGUCUUAUCACAACUACAUGCAUGUGUGUUGUAAUUUUUUCAAGCAUUUUCAUAUCAUAUUUUAAAAUAAUGUAUUAAAUGUUGUCGAAAUCAUUUUAAUUGCUAAGACUUUUGAAAUGACCAGGGAAAGGAAGGGACCAUGUUUCAUACAGAAUAUUUACCAUAUGUUUACACCAGUUUGACCACUUUACCAGAGUCUUCACCAUUCCCAGAUUAAACAAAACGUGAUUAAUUUAUAUUAUAUUGAGAGAAUAUUUUUAUGAUAGAUAAGGAAAUUAAGUGACACAUAUAUAUCAUAGUUUUCUUUUUUCCCCUUGGUAUUUGCGUAGAUGAGAGAAGUUUUUGAAGUUGUGUUUCAUGGAUUGAAUAUCUAAGUUAUUAUAUUCCUGAUUUUUUAGUAAGGAUACCAGAAAUCUUUUAUAAGAUAAUCUGUUUUAUUGUUAUUUUCUCACCGUUUCCUUUGAUCUUUCUGGAUGAUAAUUUUCCAUAUCACACUACUUGAGUGAUAUGGGUUUUUCUCAGUGAAGAAGAAUUAGAAUGUAUGAUGUUAUGAGUCAUUACAGAUUAUCAAAGGUCUUUCAAACUCGAGGAUGUUUCUUGGCUUCAUUUGAUCACAAGGCAGUCGCCAGUGUAUGAGAUUGUAGCAGAGGAACACUCUCUCGUUUUAAAUACCAUCAAUAAUCUAUAAAUGCAUUAAAAGUCAUGUGACUUUUGUCGUUUCCAUCUUUUCAUGUUAGGGGGAGUGGGCACAUAAUUGUACUAAACUUCUCACUUGUUCAUUCUUAUCUUAUUUCUUCUAAAGACUUAGUAAAUACAAUAUGUUUUUCCAGCAUGUACAAUACCUUGGAAAAAGGAUUUAAACAUUUGUGUUCAAUAUUCACACAAAAUAUGAGUUUAAAAUAGCUGUAAUGUACUUUGAGUCUCAAUUAUAAGUGCUGUUUAUAUUAGGAUUGGUUUUUACUUUCUUAUAGAUGUUAAAGAUAUAGUUUCAUUUUUGUGUGAUUUUUUUAUUAGCAGAGUUCGAGAAGUUGCUUUAAGUCAUCUUCUCUAUAUAUACAUGGGUCUUUCAUUUUUAAAAAGCUGAUUAUUAUAACACAUAGUGUUAACAUAUGUCUUUCUGUUAUUUUUUUUUUCAUGUGUGAUAAAUUUUUUUGGUUUUUGGGAGUUCUUGUUUGUCAAAAUGUUUAGAUCCAUGACAUUUCUCAUCUGACUUCAAAGAAAUUGAGUUGUGCAAUAAUAAUUAAGGUAUAGUGGUGCAUUAAUACAUGUCAAAAGGGAUAGAUUGAGACAUUUUUGUUUUACUUCUAGAGUACCUGGCAUUAAGGAUGAUGCUUCCCUUUGGUGCGUUUUCUUAAAUUAAUUCAUUCUAUUUUGUUUUGCAUAAUCAAAUUUUCAAUGUAUUUUAUGCUUUAUUGCCAAGGAAACCCAGAAUGUGAAAGAUUUAUGAUAGUAAAAUAUUACUGGAAAAAAUAAUAAGACUAAAAAUUUCUUGUUCUCAGGUUGUAGGUAGAUGCAUUCUGGUCAAGAUGAUAUGAAUACAAUAACUACAAGUUUGUUCUAGUCAAAAUGAGUAAAACAAGAAUGUCUUGCUCAAUAAGGGGCAAAUUUAGUAUUCUCAACCAUUUAAGAAUAUUGUAUCAAAAUGGACAGUUCUAGAUCUAUCCAUACCUUAAACUUGAAUAGAGGAAGGGGUGUAUUGCUUUCACUCCUAUUACCCACAUAAAAUUAUAAUGUGUGGGUGUCCAACUCUCUCAUACAUUUUUUUCUGAAAUAGCCAUAAGGUUAUGCCUUCAAUCUGAAUUUCUCUAAAUUUUGAUCUCAAGCAAUACUGUUUGAAGAAAGCAUUUUAAAUAUUUGAUGAUGAACACAAAUAGUUGAGAAUUCUGGAUAAUGCCUUUUGAUAAAUCAAAAAAUUCUUUUUAAUUCAUAUAAUAUGUAAAUUAGUGUUUGAUGUCUUUCUUGAAAGUGAAUAGUCACACUUGACUGAACAUAAAAUGUUCAUAUCAAGUUUAUUGAGAUAUCAGCCAAAUUUGAAAUAUUGUACUAAACAUGUGUAUUAUUUAAUGUAUGGAACUUAUAGUACACAUAGGUAAUUUGUUUAAAGAUUAGAUUGAAUAGUGCGGAAGUGAUUACAGAGAUAAGUUUUGUAAGAAUUGGGGAUGAUUUUCAGUCUUUAAGCUCAGUAGUGAAUAUAAAUCCUUUUUUUUUGGCAUCUUGAACUUUUGAAUUCACAAACCAGUAAAAUUAUUUUAUUUAAUCAGUUUAUGCUUGUAAGUGAAAACAAAUGGUAUUGUAUUCAUUGCAGAAAUAUAUUAAUAUUGUCAGUUUGUUUUCGAUCUAUGAGUUUGACUGUCCCUCUGGUAUCUUUUGUCCCUCUUUUAAUGUGUUGUAUGAAUUGUUAAGCAUAUGUCUGUCUGUCUGUAUGUCAUUUUGUAAAUUCACAUUUUGUGUUUAAAUGCUGUAUAAAUGCUUCUGAUUCUAUGUCAUAUGAUUAUCUUGUUUGUCAUGUGACACACCAUGUGAUUGUAAGUUCUGUAAAUCAUGUAUCUUUUUUUUACUUUCAUAAUGACUGUCUCUGCUUUGUGUUUAAGGUGUUUUUUUCUUAAAUCAUGCAAUAAUUUCACUGAUUAGAUGACAAUUUCAGUCACAGGAAGUUCCAAAUUUCAUGUCUAACUCUUGUAAUUGGUUUUUUAGAGCAUUCUGACAUAGGUACAGUUUCCUAAAAAAAUGGAUUUGAAAAAAAAAACGGUUCAGAAUCCAUAAAGUAUUUAGCAAAAUUGACCUUGUACAUUUAAAAAAAAAUUGGUAUCCCUUUAAAGUAAAUGUUAAUAAUCACAGACUGACCAUUUGCAUAUUUGUGAUAGGUAGGGAAAUGAAAAAUUUCUAUUACUACAAGGUUUGACCAAUUGUGGAACUUUCCUUGAUUUCUGACCGUCUGUAUUCAUUUGAAAAUCAAAUAGUUUUGGAAAUUAGCAUUGAAGCAAUAUGUUUUCUUGUUAGUUUUUGAAAUGAAUUUAUCUGUAAUUAAGUAUGUUGCUGUUGCAUUUUACAGAAGUGUAAUAUAGAUCAAAGAAUGUUUGUUGUCUGAGAGAGAUUUUGUUUACCAUAUGUUUAAGUUUGAUGAUAGAUAUUAAAAAUAUUUCCAAUA